AUGGCACCAUAUACAUUUUCAUUAUUUGCUCCAUAUAAUAAAAAUUGUGCAUUACGUUUAAAAAAUGCUAAUACACGAAUGUUUAAUAUUGAUAUUUUAAUGGAUAAAAAUGAAGAAACAGGUUAUUUUUAUAAAACAAUUGAUUUAGCUGAUGGAAAAUAUCAUUAUCAAUUUAAAAUUUUAACGAAAAGUUGGUUUGAAAAUUCACCUGCAGCUGCUCAAGCAACACUAGGUAAUGAAAAUGAAGACGUAUCAGAUUCAAAUUCAACUCCACAAAAAAAACAUAAAAAAGAAAUCGAAACAUCGGCUACUUAUACCGAUAUUAUCUAUGUAUUUGUUGAUCCUUAUGCUACUGAAGUUGAUGAACAAGGUACUGAUGAUGCACAUAAAUCAGUAGGUGUUCUCAAUAUAAACAAUGGACAAAAAAUUAUUGAUAAUUAUGAAUGGAAAUAUCAAAAUCAUACAGAAUUACCAGCAAAUGAUGAAUUAAUUAUUUAUGAAAUACAUGUCAGUGAUUUUCUUGGAACAUUUAAAGAUAUUAUCAAAAAAAUUGAUUAUUUUAAAAAACUUGGAAUUAAUGCUAUUCAACUUAUGCCUGUUAAUCAAUUUGGUGGAACACAUAGUUGGGGUUAUAAUACACGUUAUAAUUUUGCAAUUGAACAUUUAUAUGGAACAACAUAUCAAUUUAAAGAAAUGAUUGAUACAUUACAUGGACAAGGUAUUCGAGUGUUUAUUGAUGGUGUCUAUAAUCAUACUGAAUGUUCAUCUCCAUUGACACAAAUCGAUCAUGAUUAUUGGUUUCAUCAUGAACCAAAAGAGAAACAAUGGUCAUGGGGUCCAGAAUGGAAUUAUGAUCUAUACGAUGAAAAAUUUAAUGUUUGGCCUGCAAGAAAAUUUGUUAGUGAAGCAAUUCGAUAUAAUACAAAAGAAUUUCAUAUUGAUGGUUUACGUUUUGAUUCGGCAAGACAAAUUCGACAUUUUGAAUUUUUAAAACAUGUUGUUAAAGAAUGUGAAGAAAUUUGUUUAAGACCAUUUUAUUCUAUGGCAGAAUAUUUACCAGAUAAUCCUGAUAUAACUAUUGAACAAGGUGGUCCAUGUGAUGCAGUAUGGCAUGAUUCAUUUUAUUGGGUACUUAAAAAUGCGCUUUUAACUGAUAAUAUUAAUAUUGAAUUACAAAAUUUAAAAUCAGUUAUUGAUUGUAGAAAACAAGGAUAUAAAACAGGAAAAAAUGUUAUUAAUUAUAUAUCGAAUCAUGAUCAUAAUCGUCUUUUUGUUGAAUUAAAAAAGGAAAAAAAAUUAUCAAAUGAAAAAGCAUUUCAUCUUCUUCGUUUAGCUAUUACGGUUUUAAUAACAUCAAUGGGAAAUAUAUUAAUUUGGAUGGGUGAAGAAUUUGGUGAAGAAAAAGAAAAAAUUAUUGGUGAAGCAAAAUUACAAUGGGAGUUAAUUGAAACUGAAAAAUAUGAAUUUAAUCAACAAAUGUUUAAUUACUGGUGUAAUAUGUUUCGUUUACGUCAUGAACAUAAAUUAUGUUUAAAAUCUGACAAUUUAGAUUUCUUCUUUGAAGAUCGAAUAGUACAAGUAUUUGCUUAUCAUCGUUAUGACAAUGCAAAAACUGAUCAUAUAAUAGUAAUUAUAAAUUGGGCAAGACAAAACUUAAAAUCUUAUCAAAUAAAAGAUAUUCCUAUGAAAGGUCAAUGGAAUGAAUGGUCUACAACUAAUCUAUUUAACGUUAAUGAUGACAAUAUAUUAACAAUUGAUCUCGAAAGUCAACAAGGAAAAAUAUUUAUUUUAAAUAAACAAUAA